UAUACUUUCUCCUUUCCUGCGCAUCCCUUUCGUAGCCAUCUGCUGUUGCCUGAGUUAGAAUUGAGUAUCGCCGCCAGAAAACGGGUGACAGUGAAGAGCAUGGAGACUGCUGGAUUAGAUUCCGACGGUCGAGAAUUCAAGAAUUCUCAGGAGAUGUGGAGGGAGCAGGUCGGGGACCAGCAAAAGAAAACCGUUUGGUAUACUGAAGGCGUAGGGUACUGGGAAGGUGUGGAGGCAUCAGUGGACGGAGUAUUGGGUGGAUAUGCACACGUUAGUGAGCCCGAUGUGAAAGAUAGUGAAGUAUUUCUUAAUACCCUACUGAGCGAUCUUUUUGCUGACAGGAGAAAUGGAAAACUUGUUGCAUUAGAUUGUGGUGCUGGCAUCGGUAGAGUUACAAGGAAUCUUCUUAUAAGAUACUUUAAUGAGGUCGAUCUGCUUGAACCCGUAGCUCAUUUUCUGGACACUGCUCGUGAAAACAUGGCACCUGAAAACCUUCCAGUGGAUAACACACACAAAGCCGUCAAUUUUUAUUGUGUUCCACUUCAGGACUUCACUCCUGAUGCUGGAAGAUAUGAUGUUAUAUGGAUCCAGUGGUGUAUUGGGCAUUUAUCAGAUGAUGAUUUUAUUUCAUUCUUCAAGAGAGCAAAGGGUGGCCUCAAACCAGGCGGCUUGUUUAUUUUGAAGGAGAACAUUGCAAAAGCUGGAUUUGUUCUGGACAAAGAAGAUAGGAGCAUCACACGGUCAGACUCAUAUUUCAAAGAGCUAUUCAAUCGGUGUGGUCUGCAUGUAUACAAAAUCAAGGAUCAGAAAGGAUUUCCAAAGGAACUUUUUGCUGUGAAGAUGUAUGCAUUAACACUUGAUUUACCUAGGAGAGCUCCAUCUUCAAGGCCUAAACGACAAUCAAACAGACCAGGAAUCAUCCGUUGAUUUUGACUAUCCAUGUCAAUAAGAGAUGAAAUGGAUUGUCUUCCCUCAACAUAUGAAUAAUUUAGAAACUGAGGUUGUUAAUGUGAAGGUGUGUAUGAUAUAUAAGCGGUUUUGGAUGAAACUAACUUAAACCUGUAAUAUCUUUAACAACUACAAUUAUUUAUG